GCCUAUAAUAGUAACGUAUCUUGCAGGAACGCAGCGGUAGCUCAGUGCCCCCUAUCCUGAACCGCAUGGAGACGCUAGAAGACCCGCCCACAUACAACCGCAACAACAAGUUCACGCAGGCCUUUCAAAACCUAAUCUACGCGUACGGUGUCGCCACCUAUCGCGAGGUUAACCCAGCGCCGUACACGAUCAUAACGUUCCCGUUCCUGUUCGCGGUGAUGUUCGGCGACCUCGGGCACGGCGCCCUCAUGGCCGCCUUCGGGUUCUGGAUGUGCUACAAGGAGAAGCCGCUGCAGGCCAAGAAGAUUGACAGCGAAAUCUGGAACAUAUUCUUCGGCGGUCGGUACAUCAUUCUCCUGAUGGGUCUGUUCUCGAUGUACACCGGGCUGAUCUAUAACGACAUAUUCUCCAAGAGUUUGAACAUCUUCGGUUCGUCCUGGCGUCAGAACUACAACGCCAGCACUCUCACGGAGAACAAAUUGCUGCAACUGAACCCCGACUCGCCCGACUAUCUGCAAUAUCCGUAUCCGUUCGGCAUUGACCCCGUGUGGCAGCUCGCGGAAGCGAACAAGAUCAUCUUCAUGAACGCGUACAAGAUGAAGAUCUCGAUCAUCAUCGGCGUGUUCCACAUGUUGUUCGGCGUCUGUCUCUCGCUCUGGAACCAUCUGUACUUCAAGCGUCGCAUCAGCGUGUACGUGGAGUUCAUCCCCCAGAUUCUGUUCCUGACGCUGCUGUUCUUCUACAUGGUGCUGUUGAUGUUCAUCAAGUGGACCUCGUACGGCCCCACGCCGGGCGCCUUCGGCAGCCAGGACCCUGCUAUCGUGAAGACGAGCGCGUACUGUGCGCCUUCCAUCCUCAUCACCUUCAUCAACAUGAUGCUGUUCAAGACCGACGCCAACACGCGGCCGCAGUGCGACGACACCAUGUACGCGGGACAGUUACAACUGCAAAAGUUCUUCGUGAUCGUGGCGCUGCUGUGCGUGCCGGUGAUGCUGUUCGGAAAACCGUACUUCAUCAUGAAGGAGCAGAAACAACGUGCCCGUCAAGGCCAUCAGCCUGUAGAGGGCGCCGCUGAGAACGGCACCGCGGGCGGAGCGCCCGUGCCCAGCAGUGGACACCACGACGACGACAUCACCGAGGUCUUCAUACACCAGGGCAUCCACACCAUCGAGUACGUGCUGGGCAGUGUGUCGCACACGGCGUCGUACCUGCGUCUGUGGGCGUUGUCGCUUGCGCACGCGCAGCUCGCUGAGGUCGCUUGGAACAUGUUGCUGAGGAAAGGUCUGAUGUCGACUGACUUCCAAGGCGGUAUAUUCCUGUACAUCGUGUUCGCCGGGUGGGCCGCUAUCUCCGUGUCUAUCCUGGUACUGAUGGAGGGGCUCUCCGCGUUCCUGCACACCCUGCGUCUGCACUGGGUGGAGUUCCAGAGCAAGUUCUACGCCGGUGAGGGUUAUCUCUUCCAACCGUUCUCGUUUGAAGUGAUCCUCGACUCGGCCGGCCAGGGAGAGGAGUAAACUAGCGCUGUCUCGCUCACACGCGCUUCCACACGAUAUGUUCGUCUCGCUCUAACUAUAUACAGGCUGAUGUUCUAAAGUUUGAAACUUCGUUAGAAUUUGGUGUUGCCGUUUUAAUAAAGCAGCUUGUUAAGUAGAAAAAUGAAGAUAUAAUUAGGAUAAAUCUUUAAUAUAUCUGUGGAAGUUAAUGUAUUAGUACCCUUAUGUAUCGCAGUUAAAUUGAAAAGCUUAUAAAAUUAAUGAAUUCACAUUAUAGGAAUAGUGUUAAGUGUAUGUGGUAUUAUAAUACCCAAACACGUUCUUGUCGCACAGUGGCGUUAAUAUAUGUAUAAGCUUAUUAAAUGUAAUCAAUGUCAUCUUUAGAUGUAUAAGACCGCUUACAAGGGUACAAAAUACGCGAUGUGGUAAUUCUUUUUGUAUUUUUCUUAGUGGAAAUUAAUAUUUUUUAUUUAAUCAAAUGGUUUUUUUAUAAUAUGUGCGAGCGGUGAUGCCUUACGAUACCCAGUUUUUUUAGUUGCGUUACAAUGUACUUAAUUUUUUAUUUACAGUCAUUCCCCUAAAUGAUUGUGUACAUGGCGUUAUUUCCCAUAGCGAUUUCAACUCAUUCUAGACUUGCCUUUAGUCGUAAGUCCGCAUACUUAAGUCAUUCCAAUUCGAAUAUGGAAUAAAAAAUGUCACAAAAUGUGAGCACCAUGUAUAUGAACCAACUAGACUGCGAUGUUCCCAUUCCCAGCAUGGUUAUGUAAAUUCCCAUUGUGGAUAUGUGAAAUUCCCAUUAUGUCCCACGCUCUCUGUAAUUUUAAAGCGAUGUUCGUGUCAUUCCAGUAAUACAGUACACGCAUGUAGCAUGUGUGCGUAGACAUAGUCAUGGUGAAUAAAGGUUUCUUCGUAGCAUCAAA